AUGGCUGAGACACUUUUGUUGUUUGGAGUUGAGAAGCUUUGGGACUUUCUUAUCCGAGAAUCUGAUCGAUUUAAGGGAGUUAAUGAGCAGCUGACUGAACUCAAAAGUGAUCUAAACUUGCUUAGGUCAUUUUUGAAAGAUGCAGAUGCUAAGAAACAUGCAAGUGCGAUGGUGAGAAACUGUGUGGAAGAGAUCAAAGAAAUUGUUCUGGACGCGGAGGAUAUAAUCGAAACAUUUCUUCUCAAGGAAGAGCUCCGAAAACCAAGUGGCAUCAAGAAGUAUAUGAGAAGACUUUCUUGCAUUGUAGUGGACCGGAGGGAAGUUGCUACAGAAAUGGAAGGCAUAAGCAAGCGGAUUUCCAAGGUGAUCGGUGAUAUGCAGAGUUUUGGGGUGCAACAGUUGUUCAUUGAUGGUGGCGGGUAUUCCAAUCCUCUACAAGAAAGACAAAGGGAGAUGAGACACACUUUUCCUAGUGACAACGAAAGCAAUUUUGUGGGUUUAGAGCAAAACGUGAACAAAUUGGUUGGCUAUUUGGUAGAGAAGGAGAGCAUUCAUGUGGUUUCUAUUUGUGGGAUGGGCGGUAUUGGUAAAACUACCCUUGCUCGACAAGUUUUUAAUCAUGAGAUGGUAAAAAACCAUUUCGAUGGAGUUGUGUGGGUCUGUGUUUCACAACAGUUUACACGGAAAUAUGUGUGGCAAACGAUCUUGGAGCGGCUUAGUUCAGAAUAUGAUGAGCAUAGAGUGUCAAAUAUGACUGAAGACAAGCUCCAGGAAAAUCUUUUUAAAUUGUUGGAAACCAGCAAUUCUUUGAUUGUUCUCGAUGAUAUUUGGGAAGCAGAACACUGGGACAGAAUAAAGCCUGUCUUUCCACCAAAUAAAGGUUGGAAGGUACUACUUACUUCUCGAAAUGAAGGAGUAGCAGUACAUGCAAAUCCAACAUGUAUCAUUUUUAAACCAGAAUGCCUAAACCCUGAAGAAAGUUGGACACUUUUUCGAAUGAUAGCAUUUCCUAUGAAAGAUGCAAUCAAUUCUGAUUUGGAAGAGAUGGGAAAGCAGAUGAUCAAGCACUGUGGAGGACUACCGUUGGCUAUAAAAGUGUUAGGAGGGUUGUUAGCUGCAAAAAACACAUUGCAUGAGUGGGAAAGAAUAAAUGAGAAUAUUAAAUCUCACAUCGUUGGAGGGAGAAGCUUCAAUUACAGAAGUACCAGUUCUGUUUACCAUAUACUGUCUCUGAGCUAUGAAGAGCUGCCGAUUUAUUUGAAGCACUGUUUCCUCUACCUUGCUCAUUUUCCUGAAGAUUAUCCAAUAGAUAUGGAGAUAUUGUCGUAUUUUUGGGCAGCAGAAGGAAUACAAAGAUCAAGGUAUUACGUUGGAGCCAGCAUUCAAGAAGUCGCAGAUGGGUACAUAGAAGAAUUGGUGAAGAGAAACAUGAUUAUUUCUGAAAGAGACAUUUACACUUCAAGAUUGAAAACAUGUCAGUUGCAUGACAUGAUGAGAGAAGUCUGUGUGCUUAAAGCUGAAGAAGAGAACUUCCUACAAGUUGUUGACGACACAUCAACUGCAAAAUCUAAAGCUCCUUGUAAAUCUCGCAGACUCGCCAUACAUAAAACAUCCUAUAUGGAGGGGGAGAUAAUUAAUAUAAAACUUAGAUCUCUCUUAGUUAUCAAUGGGAACGAGCGGAGGGAUAGUUUUUAUGGUUCACAUCUAUUCUUUGACAGGUUACAGUUGAUGAGGGUUUUAGACCUUGGUGGAGCCGAGUUUGAUGGAGGAAAGUUACCCUCUAGCAUUGGGAGGCUCAUCCAUUUGAGAUAUUUGAGUUUAUUUCUGGCACAAGUAGAUUAUCUCCCUUCUUCUAUGCGGAAUCUGAAGCAGCUGCUCUAUUUAAACUUAGUUGUUGAUCAAAUGGAAUGUGCAAUAUCCAUGCCCAACUUCUUUAAAGAGAUGCGAGAAUUGAGAUGCCUCUGUCUUCCGUUGAGAAUAAGUAAGAACGUAAAGAUGGAAUUGCGUAAUCUAGUCAACAUGGAGACUUUGGAGAAUUUCUCAACAGAGCAUGGAAAUUUGAGGGAUCUCCAAGGUAUGACACGACUCAGAAAACUCUCAAUUAUCAGAGACAAAGGGUGUACUAUGGAAACUUUAUCAUCAUCUCUAAGUAGAUUGAGAAACUUGGAAAAUCUUACUAUAAGAGAUUACUGGCGCACAAAUGAUGAUGAAGGACUUGUUUUGGAUUGCGCUAAUCUCAAACAGCUGGAUCUGAGUAUAUAUAUGCCAAGGUUUCCUAGUGGACAACACGUCCCUUCUCGACUUACAAUUAUAUCUCUACGUCAUUGUUGUUUGGAGGAGGAUCCAAUGCCGAUUCUAGAGAAGCUGCUUCAUCUGAAAAAAGUUCGUUUAGGGGAAAGUUCAUUUUGUGGGAAGAGAAUGGUUUGCUCGGGCGGUGGUUUUCCACAAUUGCAAGAACUUGAAUUAGUUGAGUUGGAAGAGUGGAUAGUAGAAGAAGGCUCCAUGCCACUUGUCCAUACUCUCCAAAUGGGUUAUUGUGAGGAUUUAAAGGAGCUUCCUGAUGGGCUGCGAUUCCUCACUUCCUUAAAGGAUCUAACUCUCGGAAGCAAAUGGGAGGAGAGAGUAUUGAAAGGAGGAGAAGAUUAUUACAAAAUCCAACAUGUCCCUUCUGUUCAAUUCCAUUUGAGUUUUCAUAGUUCAAGCUCCGAGUCUGACCUAUGA